UCAAUACGCACGUACUAAAAAAAAGAGAAAAUGCUCAUCAAUCAGUACAAGCAUUGAUUACUCUUUAAACACGAAUUGUGUGUUUGCAUACGAAUUCUUUGCUCGAUAGAGCAUAUUAACCUAAAAUAUGCAAUAUUUUUGUAUAUGGCUAAUUAAUAUAUCGUUGAAAGUAUUUAAGCACCGCAAAAAUGAAUAUAACAACUUAUAAUGGUACGUAACAGCACUUCACACGUUAAUAGUAACACCGAAAAGAGUAAAGAAGAGGAUAAACAGGAUACUGAGGAGUUAACACAUGGUAAUGAAUCGCAUACUCUUGGCACAGUGGCAGAAGACCGUAUUGGAAGUACAUCGGAAGUAGGACAUGGCGUGACAAAUCCGAAUGAGCUAAGUCAUGAACCACAGACUAACACGGAACGCAGUCAUUCCAAGAAGAUCAAGUUUUACGCAGGAUGUCGUAAAAAGGAUGGUAAUGCUGAAUGUAGAAUAUUAUUACGCGAUAAGAAGGAUAUGUCUAUCUGUGCGGAUACCUUUGAUGUGAGAUGUAAAGAAACUGAAAAAGAUAAAUACAGAUGCAAAGGUUUUAUCACUUUUGCAGAACCUAGGUCCUCCUUUGAAUCGAGUAGCGAAGAAAUAUUUGGAUUAAGAACAAGUUGCCAAACUGAUCGUAAACACAUGAAAUGUUUUGGGGAAUCGCCGUAUCAACCAUUAGGUUAUGAUAAGACAGUUAAUUUCGAGGCGAUCUGUUCUAAAAAUAAUUUUGGAGUUGUGAAUUGCGACACGUAUGAUGGUACUAAAAGACCUGAUGCUAGCACAAUAGAGCUGGUUGAAUUAUUUUGCAUCGACUCUGAGAAUAAUAUACACUGUCAAGGUGUUUCGAUUGUCAAUGGUAUUGAUUUUGGUCCAAAGAGGGAGCUUCCUCAUGUUCCCACCCUCGCACCGAUUGAACCUGCAUAUGAACCAGUUUCGGGUAACGCUGCCCUCAUUGUAGGAGUUUGUGCAUUUCCGUUUUUAUUCCUUUUGGUUUUCCUUUUUUUUUGUGUAUCAGGAGACAAAAAAGAAAAAAAGAGAAAGCUACGUAGUGCAUGGCAAAAUGGUGGAUACAACAAAAGUUAG